AAGGCAGAAACGAGAACCACCCGGCCGAUUUCAGGAACUGCGUUCGAAUCACCUGUUGCCCCGGAUCUUCUGCCUCUGCUCCGCUCGCUUGGGCCUGUGCUGUCUCCCCAGGGCGCUUCCUUUUGCACGAAGGAGCUGAGAGAAUGCACCAGGCCUUCCUCCGCCGACGGGUGUCCAAGAGCUGAGACGGAGUUCCCACCCGCCGUGGUCAACAUGUCUUAUUUCGCCAAGCACUUCUGGGGAGAGAAGAACCAUGGCUUUGACGUCCUCUACCACAACAUGAAGCACGGGACGAUCUCGGCUAAGGAGCUGGCGGACUUCGUGCGGGAGAGGGCGGCUGUCGAAGAGGCCUACGCCAAGUCCAUGGUGAAGAUGUCCAAGAUGGCCAGCAACAGCACCCAGCUGGGGACCUUUGCGCCCCUCUGGGAGGUCUUCCGCAUUUCGUCCGACAAGAUGGCCCUGUGCCACGCGGAGCUCGUGAAGAAGCUGCAAGACCUGAUCAAGGAGAUCGGCCGCUACGGGGACGAACAGCUGCGAGCGCACAAGAAGUCAAAGGACGAAGUGGCCGGGACGUUGGAGGCGGUCCAGAUCCUGCAAGGAGCCGCUCAGCACCUCCCCAAGGCCAAGGAGACCUUCCACAGCCGCUGCCAGGAUCUGGACCGGCUGCGCAGGGAGGGGGCCAGCCAGAAGGAGGUCGACAAGGCGGAGCUGAAGUCCCGAAAGGCGGUGGAAGCCCUGCGCCGCGCCGUGGAGAAGUACAACGUGGCCCGCAGCGACUUCGAGCAGAAGAUGUUGGACUCGGCUGUGCGCUUCCAAGAGGUGGAGGAAACCCACCUGCAACACAUGAAGUCCCUGGUCAGCUCCUACGUCCACUCCGUGGAAGACACCCAUGUGCAGCUCGGGCAGGUACACGAGGAGUUCAAGCAGAACAUGGAAAACAUCGGGGUGGAGACCUUGCUGCGGAACUUCGCCGAGAGCAAAGGAACUGGCUGCCACCCGCCAGGUCCGCUGGAUUUUGAGGAGCUCAGCAUGACUCCCGUGCAGGAAGGGCCCAAGCGUACCCGCAGCAAAGCCUUCCGCAUCCCCGGAUUGGGCCGUAAGGAGCGCGAACGGGACUCCGUGGAGUCUCCAGAUGCUGAUACAGGACCCCUUGAAGUGGACGAAGAGGGCUUCACUGUCCGGCCUGAAACGAAUCAGAACGGCGAACACAGCAACCGCUGCUGCUCGUCCAGCGACUCGGAUUACGACGACGAGGAGCCCCACAAGUUCUACGUGCGGAUCAAGCCCGUCCAGCCCCGGGAGAGGACCAGCAGCGCCGCGGCGGUGGAGCAGCUGAAGGCCUCCGUGGGCAGCCUCAUCCUGCCGCCCAGCGUGGGGUGCACCAUGAAAAGGCAUUCGUCCAGGCACUUGAAAACGCUCGCCCCGGCCACCGUGGAAACGGACUCCGACACCCCUCCGGGCCCAGGUGACAAGUCGGGUCACGCGCCGACACCUCGCAUUGCCGCCCGGACAAAAAGCGUGGAUGGCAAAACGGAGCCGGACGCCUUGCCCGCCAGCGCGCUCUUCGGGCCUCCGCUGGAAUCGGCCUUCGAAAACGACGACUUUGCAGCUCCCCGGUCGUACCUGCUGGCGUCCAGCCCCUCUCCGUUCUCCUCCUCCUCUCCUGAGAAUGUGGAAGACUCUGGCCUGGACUCGCCGUCGCACCUGGCCACCGGGCCCUCCCCGGAUUCCCGCCUGUGGAGCCCCCGGCCCGGCACCCCCCAGAGCCCGCUGGGCUGCAAAAGGCCUCCCAAGAGCUCCUUCGGCAGCCGGGGCCACCGCAGCGGCCUGCUGGCCGAUGACGGGCCCAGCCCGUGGCUGCCCCAGCCGGCCUCCCGGGAGCUCCCCUGCUUUGCCACGGAGCCGGACUGGCCCAGCUCCGGCCCUGCCUGGCCCACGGCCACCCACGGCCACGCCCCGGGGGGCUGCCGUGAAGUGCCGUCCCCCGACCCCUUUUCCUUGGAGGGCGUGGCGAACCACCGGCGGCCCUGGCCCCCCGCGGACUGCCCGCCCCGGGCCGGCGAACGGGACAGCUGCCUCUCGUCCAACUCGGCCUCCUCGUCCUCCUCUUCGCCGGCGCCCCCCAGCAGCGGCGACUCCACCAGCCCGUCCCCCUGGGCCCCGCGAGGCAGAGAGCCGGACAGCGGGACGGACCUGUCCUCCGAGCCGGUUUCGCUUCCUCCAUCUUCUGCCCCUGGUUUGACCCCCAUGGUGGCUCCGCCUCGGCGAUGCCGUGCGAAAAGGCCCUUGGUGGUUUCGGCCAGCUGCGUCGGCAACGAGACGCCUCGUUCCCUGAGCCCUUCCCCACUCUGGGCAUUGUCAACCCCGCAGGGCUCGGCUGGCCUGACAGAACGUGCCUUCUUUAUGGCUACCCAGCCGGGACUCGGGAUUUCCCGCGGACCCUCUCCUGUGGUCCUGGGCUCUCAAGGGGCCUUGCCCGUGGCAACUGCUUUCACGGAGUACAUCCAUGCCUACUUCAAGGGACAAAACCCUGACAGCUGUCUCAUCAAGGUCACGGGUGAGCUCACCAUGUCCUUCCCGGCGGGGAUUAUCCGGGUCUUCAGCAGCGCCCCGGCACCUCCCGUCUUGAGUUUCCGCCUCCUCCACACGGCAGCCAUCGAGCAAUUCCUGCCCAACGCAGACCUUCUCUUUAGUGACGCCUCCCAGAGUGACCCCACCAGCAAAGACUUCUGGCUCAACAUGGCCGCGCUCACAGCCCAGCUGCAGAAGCAAUCGGAGCAACCAGUAGCUGCCCCGUAUUACAACGUGACCCUGCUCAGAUACCAGUACUCCAAGCAAGGCCAAGCGUGGGCGCCCCUGCAGUUGUCGGUGAACUGGGAGUGUGCAACCGAUGCCACCCGGGUGUGCGUGGAUUACAGCUACAACGCGGCUGCUCUCGCCACCGCGGCCACCCUCACCAACGUCCAGGUCCUUCUGCCGAUUGAGGAGCCCGCAGCCAACGUCCAGCCGCGGCCGGAAGCUUGCUGGAACCUGGAGGAGAAACGUCUGCUUUGGCGGCUACUGGAUGUCCCUGCGACUCAAGGCCACGGAGGUUCUGGCCGCCUUCUGGCCAGCUGGGAGCCUUUGAACGGCCCCAGCAAGCCCAGCCCAGUGGCGGCCCAGUUCACCAGUGAGGGCAGCACCGUCUCCGGUGCGGACGUGGAACUGGUUGGCAGUGGGUACCGGAUGUCCCUUGUGAAGAAAAGGUUUGCCACAGGAAUUUACCUCGCCGGCUCCUGAACGCCCCUCGGCUUCCGGGUCUCGUGUUCUUCGCUUUGUUUUUAAAGUGUGCCGGGAGGCAGAAAGGAUUCUAGUUGUGUGUUUUUAAAUUAUUGCGUUUUGCCUGGAUUUUAAACGCUGGAGGAAAGGAAGCGUGGCCCGUGUUUUGGGGCGGUCCGGCGACCCCCGCCCAGCCCCGGGACGAGGCCGUGGGUGCGUCGGCCGCCGUGGGAUCCACGAGCGGAACGGGAAAGGCCAGCUCCGAUUUGCACUGAAGAACUACCUUCCCCUCUUUCUCUCUCGUCUCGUUUCGUUCUUGUUUUCAUUCUAGCCUGUCCUCCCGACUUCGUCUGCUCCCUGAGCCGCAAGUGUUGCAUUCCGGAGCCUGGAGGCAGCGGCCGCAUUUUCCAAGCUGCUAGGGCACAGACCCGUGGGAAAGUUGCUCUUUUAAUAAUAAUAAUAAUAAUAAUAAUAAUAAUAAUAAUAAUAAUAAUACCACUUGUUUUUCUAAUAAAUAAAUAAUAAACAAA